CUUACUCGUGAGUUUAUAACCAAGAUAGGUCUUAACUGUGUAUAUAGUCGCACUGGUCAGUCUGUAAAUUUCUAAAAAGUGUUUUGAAAUUUAACUUGGAACAACCGCAUCGUACUAUCGUACUAUGCACGCUAAACUGUAAUAUUGUUGCGCUUUUGUUGAAAGUCAAAGGGUGAAAACAACAUUUUAAAUCUUCCUGCAAUUAUAUUGUGAUUCCUGAAUUGCAAUGUUCAGGCAGAUUUGGUCCUUCCUCUUAUUUUUUGUAUGUGCUACACUGGUCACUAAGUAUGGAGUUGAGGGCUUGUCCUGCAUGAUGUGCAACUCCCUAAUGAAAAGCAAAUGGGAAGCGUGCCCGGGAUCAAACCAACACCACGCAAUGCUUUGUCGUUCUGCUACACGAUAUUGCAUCAAGAUCGAUGGAAACCAUACUGUUGUUAAUCAGUCAGCGCCGACGCAAUCGGAAAAAAUUAAGCAGACUAUAGGAAUUCAGCUGAACUGCGCGUCAAAGUAUAAUAUGAAAUUAUUUGGUUUUGAUCAAGACAAAGUGCAGGUCAAAUCGCAGUCAAAGCACUGCGUUGAUAAUGUGGACCUCGGUGAAAUUGAUUUGACGGCAGCACCCAAUCCUGACGGCACAUUUUCUAAACUGUUUUUCAAAGGCAAAGUUUGCUUUUGUAACUAUGAUAACUGCAAUAGUCCACAUGUGGAGAAGUACUCGUAGUUCUCAUAUUGAUGACUGACUGCAGGCAACUGCAUUUUGCGUAGAGAAGCCAAACUGCAUGUUGAUUCGAAAAUACCUAAUUGUGCAGUUAUAUUGUUUUACUCUUCAUCAGUCUGUACGUGAAUUUGUUUUUCUUAAUAACUUGUCUGUCUUGCUGGUCGUGUACACAUGAUCCAUCUUUUAAGCCAUCUGGAAAUUAGAUAAGCGUGGGCUCUGAUAAAAUGUUAACGACGAGGA